UUAUGUUAGUAUUUUAUCCAGGAAUAAUUAUUUUCAUACUUAUAGUUUAUAAGAUGGAGAUCUGGGCCAUUCUUGGUUUGUUUAUUAUACUUGGAGUCGUCAACUGCCAAGAUACGAUCCACCGGGAACCAUCAGGUGAAUUCACCGUUACUUCGCAAUCCUACAAUAGAUCGAGAAUUAUGGUCGAGAAGGGAAGACAAAUCAUGUUACAAGUGGAAAAGUUGCGCCUUGAAAGAGGAUCUUACUUGAAGCUGCAAGACGGUCAAUAUGGAGAUGCGUAUGAAUACAAAAUGUACGGAUCUCAAGCUUACAGAUCAUCGAGAUACGGCGGAUUACAACGAACAGACUUGCCAAUGAGAAUGGAAACGGUGACGAGAAAGUUAUUCAUCACCCUGAGCGGCCGAGGAGAAGUCAGUGUCAAGUAUACAAGUUACGUCGAUGACGGGGUGACAACUUGCCUGAAAGACGACGCUGAAGAAUUAUACGAAGACGCGUUGAGCAUUGAUUGUGGAUCUGACGAAUUAAGUCCUGUUGCGUCACAAUGCGAAGUUACGCUUCAGUGCUCCGGUCUCUACCAGCAAUACAGUCGAACCUUAACUUGUCAGGACGGGCACUGGGAAGGCAAUGUACAAUGUCAACCAAUGGAAUCUGUCAUAGAAGACCAAUGCUCCUUUGAUUCCGACGAAUUUGAGGCCGAGGAUUCCUGCCCGUACUCUGAUGAAGAAAUCAUAGACUAUUACGUGGAUGUGGACGGAGUCGAUCCUUAUGAACCGGGUUUGGGGAGAGGAAACUCCAGAGGAAUCAACUGCAGCCCGUUAUGCGCUACCAAUAGAGUUGGAAAGCCAAUAAUAUCCUGUUCGACGAGGCACUAUAGCUUCAGGGCACUCAAUCGCAGAGCGCGAAAAAGGAGAUACAUCAGGUGCCGUAUUUGUCGAAUGAAGCGAGGCUGUGGAGGUCCUGGCAAAGUGGGGUUCUAAGGGAGACAAGACUACAAGGAUCUCAUGAAUUCGAAAAUUGACUCCGGAUAUGAACUCCUAGCACUACAUUUGAAAUUUGUUAAUUACAGUCCAAACACGUUUUGUGAAUAUAUUUCGGAUAUCGACUUUGACAGUUUUAAUUUACUUCCGGAUGUGAACUCCUGACACUGCCAUUUAAUUUUGUUAAAUACAAAAAGCCAAAAUAGGUUUGUGAAUAUGUUCCAGAUAAUGACUCCAAUGAUUGCUUUUGUUUCAGAUAUGACUCAUGUCACUACAUUAAUCUUUUUUUGUGCUUGUUAUGAAUUUUGUAAAUAAAUGAAAUUCAGUGCUA